GAAGAAAGGACGGACACCUGACACCCCUCACCGGGUGGAGCCUCCCAGGGAAGGGAUUGGGUCACAUGUGGGAAGCGUGCUACGCAUGCGUAAAGUCUAGCUUCCGGCAGGAUUACUCUGGCAGCGAUUCCCUCUUUCUUGCUGGGCUACCGAAUUGGGUUUCCGGAGAAACCCUCUAACCUCUGAACUGCGUAAGAGGCGAGGUCCUGACACAGAGGGCACCCACAACACGGCGCCUCAUCUGGGCUGCAGAAGGGGUCUUUCUGGGCGCCACGGGAGUCGGGGAUCCCCACAGAGCGAGCAGUCCCCAUGGGGGUGGGGGUCGUGUCGGGGUCCUGACUCGUGAAGCCCCACGGUGGACGUAGGUCCUGACUGAACGGACCUUAGGGUCAAGAAGGUCUUGACGAGACUCCAUAGAGGACUGGGGGUCCUAACCGACCUCCACCAGGGAUGGGGAUUCUGACUGAUGGUGUCCCACCAGAGAGUAAGGGUCCUGACUAGAUUCCACAGAGGACGGAUAUCCUAAUUGGGCCCCAAGGGUGACAAAGUCCUGGCUGAUCCUGCCUUGCAGGGACUGGUAUCCCGCCUUUGAGCUCCGUGGGGGACCCCCCUGGUGGACAGCCCAUCUGUCCCUCUCGCCUUCCUCCAGGGCCCCGCAACCCCUUUUGCUGCACUGAAUGGGGUCAUGGAGUCCCAAGGGGUAGAGAAUGGGAUUCGCGACAGUCCAGCACCAUGGGACUGGACCGCCCCACCACUGAUGCCGGGUUGGACUGUCGCCCCUCCUCUCCUGCGAGGGCCGGGUCUGGGGUGGCGCCUGGCGGGCGGAGGCGGGCCCACCGGCGGGGGCGCAGUAGCGGGGCCUUGGGGCUGCAGGACGGACCGGGUCUGUGCCCGGGUUAGUACCCGGUGGACACCAUGGACCUGCUCUCGGCUCUGAGCCUGGGCGAACUGGCGCUCAGCUUCUCACGGGUGCCGCUCUUCCCAGUCUUCGACCUCAGCUACUUCAUCGUUUCCAUUCUCUACCUCAAAUAUGAGCCAGGUGCAGUCGAGCUGUCCCAGCGCCACCCCCUGGCGUCCUGGCUGUGUGCUAUGCUGCAUUGUUUUGGGAGUUACAUCCUGGCUGAUCUGCUCCUCGGAGAGCCCCUGAUCGACUAUUUCAGCAACAACUCCAGCAUCCUGUUGGCCUCUGCUAUCUGGUACUUGAUUUUCUUCUGUCCCCUGGACCUAUUCUACAAGUGUGUCUGCUUCCUGCCUGUCAAACUUAUCUUCGUGGCCAUGAAGGAGGUGGUGAGAGUCCGCAAGAUCGCAGUGGGCAUCCACCACGCACAUCACCACUACCACCAGGGGUGGUUCGUCAUGAUUGCAACUGGGUGGGUCAAAGGUUCUGGCGUUGCCCUCAUGUCCAACUUUGAGCAGCUACUCCGAGGGGUCUGGAAGCCCGAGAAGAAUGAGAUCCUGCACAUGUCCUUCCCAACCAAGGCCAGCCUGUAUGGAGCCAUCCUCUUUACCCUUCAGCAGACCCGCUGGCUCCCAGUGUCUAAAGCCACUCUCAUCUUCAUCUUCACCAUGUUCAUGGUAUCCUGUAAGGUAUUCUUAACAGCCACUCACUCUCACAGCUCACCUUUUGAUGUCCUGGAGGGCUACAUCUGUCCUGUGCUGUUUGGGGCAGCCUGCGGGAGUGACUAUCACCAUGACAACCAUGGGGGGUCCCAUGGUGGUUCCCACAGCAGUGGUGGGCUGGGCGCCCAGCAUUCAGCCAUGCCUGCCAAGUCCAGGGAGGAGCUGAGUGAGGGCACCAGAAAGAAGAAGACCAAGAAAGCAGAUUAGGGGCUGACCUGGGGAGAGGAACCUGACCCAGGACUUUCUGAACUGUGAGGCAUCCUGGGCUCAGAUAUACCCUUUCCUGAUCUUUAUGUCCUCAUCUGAGAGAUGGGGCCAUCAGUCACCCUCCAGGGAUGAUGUGGGAGUUAAAUGAGAUAUAGGUAUGAAGGACUUUUGGAGGAAUCGAGGGCCCCAUUCUCUCUGCCAGGUCCCCAUAAAGUUUUUAAGGGGCACGAGCCAGCACACAGAAUCUCAGCAGCUCCAGCCAAAAACCCCAGCAGUUAGAUUCUUGGUUCUAUUUUUCCUUCUCUAAAAUCGCACCUUGACUCCAAAAGGAUCCUAAGCCAUGUUGAGACUCAUUCAUCUGAUGGACAUUUCCUAAGUACCUGCUAUGAGCCCAGUGCUGUGAUUUUGAAGUCUCUUCUUACCCACACUCCUCUAGACUUUGUCCGGUGCCCAAAAUGUUAUAACUCCUGCUGGACGUCCCUGGGCAAGUUACCUCCCUCCUCUGAGCUUCCUGUUCCCCUCUGUAUAGUGGAAACCCUUGGCCCUCCUUGGUAUGGAAGGGCUAAUUUAAAGCUAGAUGUGAAGAAGUCUUGUAAGCUUGUAAGCAAACAUCGUGCAGUCUAGAGGAGAUGCCAGGAUGGUUGUAAAUUCUGAUUGAAAAUGGCUUUGCACUUUAGAUCAUUUGUGUUUGUGGAUCAGAGAACCUCACAAGUUGGCCAGCACAAAGGAGGCCCUCAGUAGACAUGUCUAGGGCAGUCUGCAAAGAUCAUAGUGUGCAUAGGCUUGUUCUGUUAUGUUGGCUUCAAGCUGCCUCUAAACAAAGAAAUUUAGCCAGCUGGACAGUGUUUCCAAGAGCCAGCUUUAUCAAGGGGCUCCAAGCACUCACAGUGGGGACCUGAAAGUAUCAGGCCUCCCUCAUGUAGGAGUCCAUUGUCACUCAUUCAGUCAUUCAACAAACAUUGAUAACCUAUCUACUCUGAGUUGAGCCUUGUGCUGUCGCUGCUGAGCAGGCUGGGAACUUCCUUCAGGGUAAGGGGGAUGAUGGCUGAAGGGUCCCUCCUGGCCACCUCACCUCAGUGUAGGUGGCCAGGAUGUCCUAGAGGGUAGAUGUGGUGGGCAUGGUGAAUCUCAGGUGAGAUUUGGACCCAGACCAAGUUCGGGUCCCAAGUGUUGCCCAGAUUGAGAAAGUGCCUUGUUCCAAUGAUACCUGGGAGUUGGGUGGGUCCUGAGGUGAUAAGGCCCCCAGUUUCAUCUUCUUGCAUGUCCAUCAGAGCUUGGCGUGAGGUAUCAGCUAAUAAAUCAUUGUGACUGAACUCUU